GUGUUUUGUUUUUCCGGCCCGCAGUGCGUCGGGGCUCGCGCGGCUUUGAAGGGGGAAGCUGUCUUGACGUGUCCUUGGAAUCAAGGAGUGUUCAGACUUCUGCACCGUCAGCCUCCCAGGAUGGAAGUUAUCAAGCUGUCCCUUGGAGAUCUACUUUCUAGGGACUCGUUCUCUCCACAUGAAGGCGAGACAGAGGCAGAAAGUUUUAUGCCUGAAUGCUUAAGAAACUGUCACCAGGACUCCGUGUCAUUUGACGACGUGGCUGUAGACUUCAGUCGGGAGGAGUGGACUUUACUGACGCCAGCUCAGAGGUGCCUCUACAGAGACGUGAUGCUGGAGAACUACAGGAAUGUGGCCUCUGUAGGCUGCCAGCUGUUCAAGCCUAGCCUGAUAUCUUGGUUGGAGGAAGAAUUGGAGUCCAUGAUAGGAGAGCAGGGUGUCCUCCAGGGAUGGGCAGUGGACCUUAAUACCAAAGGAAGAGCACAUCGGGGUACCUUUUGCUCAGAGACCUCAAAAAAUGUAGAACUGCAGGCAAGCAGUCACAGCACACAGGAACUCUGUGCCUCUAACCAGUGUGACACUGUCUUGUGUGAAGAGGAUGCAGGCGUUCAGACACCCAUGCGUGUGAACAGUACAGCGAACAGUUCUGCUUGGAAUCAGCAUGAAAAAGACUUCUUUCCCCUGUAUAGGCAGAGUUCUGCUGGGGACAGACUCUCUGCACUGAUCCAGAGUGCAGACCCCUUGAGCCCGAAUCCAGAUGUGUGUCAGAGAGCAAACACACAAGACAGAUCUGCAGGAUGCAGGGAUUGUGACCAGGACCAAGGCUCAACUCACGGUGAAGAAAAACCCUCUUACGUGGAGCAGGGUGGGAAAGCGGUUCCUGACUCUGUGAGCCAAACUGCACAUACCCCAACACACGCCACAGGACAACCCCGUGAGUAUGAGGGAGGUGGGAAAUGGCUCAUGUUUCCUGUCGGCCGUAAUAAUAUGCAAGGUGAGACUGAAGAGAAACCCAGUGAAUGGAAAGAAAGUGGAAAAGCCUUCACUGAACCCUCAGGUGUAACUACGCAUGUGCAGAGCAACACAGGGGAGAAGUUGUAUGAGUGUAAGGAAUGUGGGAAAGCCUUCAUCACUUCCUCACGACUUAGUGAACACUUAAGAAGUCACACCGGAGAGAAACCCUAUGGUUGUUAUGAAUGCGGGAAAGCCUUUGCCUCUUCUUCGUAUCUGACCGCACAUUUAAGAACUCACACCGGGGAGAAGCCCUUUGUGUGUACAACCUGUGGGAAAGCUUUCACACGGUCCUGCUACCUUCGUGUUCACAUGCGAACUCACACUGGAGAGAAACCUUACGAGUGCCAGGAAUGUGGGAAGGCCUUUACCGGGCGCUCGUGGCUUACGAUCCACUUACGCACGCACACUGGAGAGAAGCCCUAUGAAUGCAAGGAAUGCGAGAAGGCCUUCACAAGCUUUGCUUUACUAAACGAACAUAUAAAGACACACACUGGUGAGAAGCCCUUCGUAUGCAACAUAUGCACAAAGUCUUUUCGAAACUCCUCAUGCCUUAAGACCCACUUUCGAAUUCACACUGGAAUAAAACCGUAUCAGUGUAAGGACUGUGGGAAAGCUUUCAGUGGGCGUGCAGGCUUCACCAAGCACGUACUAACUCACACUGGCGAGAAGCCCUACGAAUGUAAGGAAUGUGGGAAAACCUUCCGUACCUCCUCAGGCCUCACGGAACAUGUAAGAAUUCACACGGGAGAGAAACCCUUUGAAUGUUACCAGUGUGGGAAAGCCAUGGCUCAUUCUUCCUCUCUUGUUGCACAUUUGAGAACUCACACUGGAGAGAAACCUUUCGAGUGUAACAUGUGUGAGAAAGCAUUUACAAGCUCCUCCUACCUUCGUGUUCACAUGCGCUCUCACACGGGUGAAAAACCGUAUGUGUGCAAGGACUGUGGGAAAGCAUUUAUUGCACACUCGGGCCUUAGCCAGCACUUACGAACACACACUGGAGAGAAGCCUAAUGAAUGCAAGCAGUGUGCAAAAGCCUUCACUACCGUUCCGCAGCUUAACGAACAUAGAAAAACCCACACGUGUGAGAAGCCUUUUCAGUGCGUGGUAUGUGCAAAAUAUUUUAGAAAUUCUUCAUGCCUUCAAACGCACUUUCGAAUUCACACUGGAGAGAAACCUUAUGAAUGUAAGGAAUGUGGGAAGGACUUUGCCGCGCGCUCAGGCCUUACUGUACAUCUCCGAAGUCACACUGGGGAGAAUUCCUACGACUGCAAGCAGUGUGGGAAAGCCUUCAUCACAUCCUCAAGCCUUAUUGCCCACAUGAGAAGUCACAGGGGAGAGAAGCCCUUCCAGUGUGACCAGUGUGGGAAAGCCUUCGCCUCUUCCUCGUAUUUCAACGCACAUCUGAAAACUCACAACGGCGAGAAGCCCUUCGAGUGCACGGUGUGCGGGAAAGCGUUUACGUGUUCCUCCUACCUUCGCCUUCACGUGCGGAUCCACACUGGAGAGAAGCCCUUCGAGUGUUCCUUAUGCGGGAAGGCAUUUCUGUGCUCCUCUUACCUUCGGAUCCACAUGCGCACUCACACCGGAGAGAAGCCUUACGUGUGUAAGGAGUGUGGGAAGGCCUUCACGGAGCGCUCGGGCCUGAGUAAACAUCUACGCACACACACUGGGGAGAAGCCCUGUGAAUGCACCGAAUGUGGGAAAGCCUUCCCCAGCUACUCCGACCUGGGUGAGCAUCAAAAAUCACACUGGAGAGGGACUCUGUCAGUGUAAAGAUUGUGAAGAAAAUCUUUGUAGGGUCUCCUCAUUCCCUGGUAUCCACAUUUGAAGUCCCCAUGUCAAGAAACCUUUUGAACAUUAGUGCUGCUGUCCGUGUUCUUCAGAACCCUGCAAACACACCGUGACCCUGAGGAAGACACACAGUUACUAUUAUCUCACUACCCAGCGUGGGAGAACUCUGCGGCCCCAUAGUGUAAUGAAUAUGCAAAGAUUUUACUAUCUCCGUCUAAGCAUGUGAAAUACUGCAGUGGAGAGCAGCAUUGUUGGUGUAAUGUGGAAAAGUUAAGAUUCUCUUAAAUAGUUUGCUGUUCACCUGCAACUAUGUGGUGGAGAGAACUCGAUUAAGGUGAGAAAUGUUGGACUCAUUUGAGUGGAGAAGCUGCAUGCCCAGAUUACAGGAAUGUGCUGUGUCCUGAGAUCUUACAUGCUGGCAGAUCUGGCUUCUGGAAGGUUCUGUAUAUUUUGGAUGUUACAGAUAUUUUAAUGAUGUCAAUUACAGAUCUCUAAUUUCCAUUAUAGUUCUUUAUUUUUAAACUUUAUUGAGUUACAAGUGAAAAAUCAUGUAUUAGGGAAUAUAGCUUGAUUGGACUUAAUAAACAUUGUAAAGUGAUGUUUACAACUGUCAUGAACGCGUUUCUCAUGACCUUGUGGUGCCAUGAAAGUGCUUUCUGUUGUGCACAUACUGGCGAGAAUUAGAAUCACUGUGCUUUACAGAGAGCGAGCACAUACUCGUAACAUUUGACCAGUGUCUUCUCCAUUUUUUUCCAUGACUACCAGUUUCUAAUAACUAUUGUUAUGUUCUCUGGUUGAGUUUAUGACUUAGAUUCUGCAUCUAAAAAAAAAAAAAUCAUUCACUUGUCA